UGAGAGUAACAUGCUGAGAUAUAGGAAUAUAACCUUCAAAAACUAUUAUUUAAAAUUAAUAAAUAAUAGGGCUUAUUAAUAUGAGAUGAUAGAACGAAUAUAUUGUAAUUGUUAAUUAAUUAUUAUUAUUUUAUUUUAAUUGUUAUUAUUAUGAUUAUUAUUAUUAUUAUUACAUAAAAUGGAGUACUUCACCGAAACAUCUAAUAAUAUUAAUAAGCCAAAAUUAACAAAACUUGGAAUUAGUCUUAUAGCAAUAACAGGAGGAUUAGCAACAGCUAUUAGCGUAGUAUGCAUACCCUUUGUAAGUCCUGCAUUCCGUAAGAUCUGUUUACCCUAUGUACCAGCGACAAAUCAACAAGUACUAAACGUUUUACAAGCUUUAAAAGGACGUUCAGGUUCGUUGAUUGAUCUUGGUAGUGGAGAUGGACGCAUUGUUUUAGCAGCAGCAAAAGCUGGUUUCAAAUCGUAUGGCAUAGAAUUAAAUCCAUGGCUUGUAUGGUAUUCUAGAUUAAUGGCUUUUAAAAAUGGUUUAAGAUCUCAGACUUGUUUCUUUAGAGAAAAUUUGUGGAAAUGUGAUUUACAAAAUUACAAUAAUGUUAUUUUAUUUGGGGUAGAACAAAUGAUGGGAGAUAUCGAAGAAAAAUUUAAUACAGAAUUGCAAAAAGAUUCUGUGAUAAUAGCAUGUAGAUUUCCUCUUCCCAAUAUGAAUCCAAUUGCAACCAUUGGCGAAGGUGUUGAUACUGUUUGGUUGUAUAAGAAAAGAUAAAAAUGCUAAUUUAUGGAUUAAAUAGUUACAAAAAGUACAAAAUAAAAUAUAAACGUGUAUAUUGGAGAAAUUAUCCCCAAUUAUUGCUAAAUCACAGUAAUAAAAUAUAGUAA